UGAAGGCACUCACUUCCGCCGAGGGAGGCGAAUUCAAAGGAAACUUCCGCUCGGGCAAAAAAAUGGCGGCGACCCUUUCAGAUUCACGUGUUGGCUUGGGGAAGAAGCAGAAAAAGUUACGGAAGAGGAAAAAGAUGAAGAUGAUGGAGGCGGCUUUAUCGUCGGAGUCGGAGCCGGAGCCAGAGCAGAAGAGAGACAGUCCCUGCGGCCGCCGCGGUUCUGUAGGAAGUUGGGAAGUUGCCAAAGACCAUUUUUCUUCUGAUGAAGCAGUCGAAGGUGAUAAUGAAGAUGAUACCAUAGCUUAUGACAAAGAAAAUGAAAGUGCAGCAGAAUCUAACGUUGGGACGAAUGCAGGCUGGGCAGAUGCCAUGGCUAAAAUUCUUAACAAAAAAACUCCUAAAAGUAAGCCUACCAUCCUCAUCAAAAACAAAGAGCUGGAGAAGGAAAAAGAGAAAGAAAAACAAGAGAGACUGGAGAAAAGAAAACAGCUUGAUAAGAAGCGGGAGUGGGAAAUGAUGUGCAGAGUGAAGCCAGAUGUUGUCAAAGACAAAGAAGUAGAGAGAAAUCUUCAGAGAAUUGCUACGAGGGGUGUGGUGCAGUUGUUCAAUGCUGUUCGGAAGCACCAGAAGAAUGUUGAUGAAAAAAUGAAAGAAGUUGGAGGUUCUGUGAGAAAACGUGCAAAGUUGAUGUCGACUGUCACCAAGAAAGAUUUCAUUAGUGUUCUCAGAGGAGUGGAUGAAAGCAAAGACAGCAGGAGUCCCACAGGCCAGAAUCCAAAAGACAAACAGGCUAAAGGGAAAUCAGAGCAGGGCUCAAGCUGGAGCAUAUUGCGUGAUGACUUUAUGAUGGGAGCAACAAUGAAAGACUGGGAUAAGGAGAGUGAUGGACCAGAUAACACAGAAUGAAGCCCCAGAAGUGACUAACAAAUGACACCAUAGAGAAAUUGGAAUUCUUGAUAAAUUUAUUUUUCUGGAUAAAGGUGUUUAUCAUCUAACUGAGUUUUGCAAUAUAGAGAUGGUAAUGCACAUGCUGUUUAAAGAGAAAACAACAGACUGCCUUUAUUUUCACCAACUUCAAAAUUGUCCUUUCCCUUAAUUUUUUCUUAGUCUACAUCAAAAUCCAAAACUAUUGUCCAAAACAGCUAUGAUUUUUAGCAUUUCCCCAAAACAUUUUAUAUUUCAAAAUAAAACAGUGACUCUUGGCAUAUUUUGCCAAGUUCAUUACAAGUUUAAAUUUAGUUGUGAGUCCUGGUCUCUUUUUGUAUUUCCAAAUUAGUAAUGUACUUUGAAAUGUUAUUAUCCACAGGUAAUAAAAAUGGCCUAAAUUAAAUUUUUAAUUAAUAUUUACUGCAUAAAUUUUAUGAUUCUACCAAUGUGUGCUUAUUCUGAGUAGACAUCUUUUGUAUUCAGUAUCAUUUUUCUUUUAGAGGGACUGAGGGAAAAUAUAGGUAAUAAAACACAAAGUUAGAACUGUA